AGAUGGUCUAACCCUCUUCCCCGUCCGCCGCCACAGGCGGACGCCCGCGCCGCCGUCACCAACUUACCUCUCCGGCUGCCGCCGCAGCUGCCCCCGUCGGUUCCUCCUCCCCCGGCUGGCUCGCGACGAAUAGGUAGCAGAACUUUGUAUCAACAAGAUGGUGCAGUACAAUUUCAAGAAAAUUACUGUUGUCCCUCCUGGGAAGGACUUCAUUGACAUAAUCUUGUCCCGCACUCAGAGGCAGACACCAACUGUUGUCCACAAGGGGUAUGCUAUCUCCCACAUUCGCCAGUUUUAUAUGCGCAAGGUCAGGUAUUCCGAGCAGAACUUCUAUGAAAAGCUAUCCACAAUCAUCGAUGAGUUCCCUCGUCUAGAUGACAUCCACCCUUUUUACGGUGAUCUCCUCCAUGUCCUCUAUAACAAGGAUCACUACAAACUUGCCUUGGGCCAGAUUAACACUGCCAGGAACAUUAUUGCAAAGAUCUCCAAGGACUAUUUGAGUCUGCUCAAGUAUGGAGACUCCUUGUACCGUUGCAAGUGCCUGAAGAUAGCUGCACUAGGUCGCAUGUGUACUGUUACAAAGAGAAUCGGUCCUACUUUUGGCAUAUCUGGAGCAGAUCAGGCAGCACAUGGCCAGGCUUCCAUCCAUAGACCCAAACACCCGGACUAUAUUGAUUUGUGUCUAUCCAAAUGUAGGGAAGAGCUCUUUCAUGAACAAGGUUACAAGGGCAGAUGUGGAUGUCCAGCCUUAUGCUUUUACAAUGAAAUCCCUGUUUGUUGGUCACACAGAUUACAAGUACCUGCGCUACCAAGUGAUUGACACUCCAGGGAUCCUUGAUCGGCCUUUUGAGGAUAGGAACAUCAUAGAAAUGUGCAGCAUCACUGCUCUUGCACACUUGAGAGCUGCUGUGCUGUUCUUUUUGGAUAUUUCUGGAUCUUGUGGGUACAGUAUUGCUCAGCCGGCUGCACUAUUCCACAGUAUCAAGUCCUUUUUCAUGAAUAAGCCUCUAGUCAUUGUGUGCAAUAAGACUGACUUGCAGCCUCUAGAAGGUCUUUCUGAGGAGGUCAUGACGCUUGUAAUGGAGAUUAAGGCAGAGGCAAUGAAAACUAUUGCUCAAGCUGGUGAUGCUAAUGAAGAGGAUGUUUUGUUGACUAUGAGCAAUUUAACAGAUGGUGUAAUGGCUGUUAAAAAUGCUGCAUGUGAGAGGCUUCUUGAACAGAGGGUGGAUAUAAAGAUGAAAUCAAAGAAGAUGGUCGACUGCUUGAAUAGGUUUCAUGUUGCUAUGCCAAAGCCUCGUGACAACAAGGAAAGGCCUGUUUGCAUCCCUGCGUCUGUUCUGGAAGCUCGGGCAAUUGCUGCUGCGAAGGAAAAGAAGAAAUUCGAGAAGGACCUUGAGAAUGAGAAUGGAGGUGCUGGGGUGUAUUCUGCAAGUCUUAAGAAGCAUUAUAUAUUGGCCAAUGAUGAAUGGAAGGAAGAUAUUCUGCCUGAGAUAUUGGAUGGCCAUAAUGUUGCCGAUUUUCUGGAUCCAGAUAUCCUGGAAAGGUGUGAAGAGUUGGAAAGAGAGGAGGGGCUUCGUCUUGAAGAGCAAGCUGCACAAUAUGCUUUCCAGAUUGAUGGCCAUGAGUUAACUACAGAGCAGCGUGAAAUUUUGUCUCAGUUAGGAAAAAGAAGGCAUUGCUCAUCCAAGAACAUAGAAUGAAGAAGAGAACUGCAGAAAGCCGUCCUAUUGUUCCUAGGAAGUUUGACAAAGAUAGGAAAUUCACAACUGAUAGAAUGGGGCGGCAGCUUUCCACUAUGGGCUUGGAUCCUAAUGUAGCUAGGGAUGAAAACGGUCGGAAAUGAUCCGAAGAAGCCUCCAUCAUUUUCAUUUUCACAUUUUUUCUCG